AGAUCUACGCACCCUUUUUAGUUAUACAAAGUUAUAACCCCUACCAACUUUACACAAGGCUCUUUCCAAGAACCAACCCUUCACCACAGUCCAAAAAACUCCAAUUCUACCUAAAAGGGGCUAUAAAAAAAAAAUAAAAAUAAAGCCAUUCCCUUACAUUCAUGCAUUUCUUCCUCACAUAAAUCUCUAUAUAUACACCCUUUACAUCACUUAACCCCACUAAUUAACUCACAAAACUAACCAUUCUUAUUAUUAUUAUUAUUCACAUAUAUCACCUUCAAUUAUUCAACCUCCCAUUUUCAAAAAUCCCCCUAGCUAAUGGACUUCUUUAAUAGGUGUUCUACAUCCACUUCUUCAUCUUCAGAAUCAUCGUCAUCUGAAUCAACACCGCGUAAUGAUAACAAAGCAGAGAAGAUAAAAGGACCAUGGAGUGCUGAAGAAGAUAAGAUAUUAACGAAACUUGUUGAACGUUACGGUGCACGUAACUGGUCUUUGAUAAGUAAAUAUAUUAAAGGUAGGUCUGGCAAAUCUUGCAGGCUUCGUUGGUGUAAUCAGUUAAGUCCCAACGUUGAACAUCGACCAUUUUCUCCAUCUGAGGAUGAGACCAUACUAGCUGCUCAUGCUAAAUAUGGCAAUCGUUGGGCUACCAUUGCACGUUUACUACCGGGUCGGACUGAUAAUGCAGUUAAAAAUCACUGGAAUUCAACGUUAAAAAGACGUUAUCAACAAUUGCUUCAGCAGCAAAAUUCGGGUCAAAUGGUUAACGGGUUGGAAUUCCGGUCCGGGUCAGGAUCCGGGUCGGGUAUGGAGUAUAUGAAUGUUGAUGAGAGUCCAAAGGGGAAUACCAACAAUUAUGCUACAACAAUGACGACGAUGGCUCAGUGUAAUUAUACAAGUGGGGUUUGGAGGAAUAAUAAUAAUAACUACGGUGGCGGUGAAUGUGAUGAUCCAAUGACGACUUUGUCCUUGGCACCACCGGGGAUGGCCGGAGAAGAGAUGCCGGAGAGGAAAACGGAGAGUUUUCCGGCGGGAUUUUGGGAUGUAAUGAGAGAUGUGAUUGCUAAAGAAGUGAGGGAAUAUGUUGCUUCUACGGGGUUUCCUAAUUAGAAUAUAAAAAAAUAAUUGUCUUUUUUUAAAAAAAAAAAUUAUUUGUCAAUUUUAAAGUUGGCUUUAAGCUUUGAUAAUCACUUUUAAUUGUUGAUAAGUUUGCUUAUAAAUUGAUUAAUUAUAUGUUAAAUAUGUUCUGGAAGCUUAAUCUUGAAUUCCAUCCUUAUCAACUCUUUUUAAGUA